UGGAAACGCCUCGGAGGCUGGUGGCAGAGGAUCUCGGUCACAAGAGACCUCGUCUUUUCUUUUUACAAUUCUCUGCCCCCCGACCUGUUUCGGGGUUUUAAUUACUUCCGCACUCCUGACCUACUAGGUGUGCCUUGUGACCCAGCUGGGUUAACAGUCGCUCUCGUUCCCUUUCUGCUUUCUAGGGUCUGAAAAAAGUCAGGGGAUGUUGGCAUUGGCCAUAAGUCCAAACCGGCGCUACCUGGCCAUCUCUGAGAUGGUACAAGAGAAGCCUACUAUCACUAUCUAUGAAUUGUCAUCUGUCCCAUGCAAAAAGCGGAAAGUAUUGAAUUCAUUUGAUUUCCCUGUUGAGCAAUUUCUCAGCCUGGCAUUUUCUCCUGAUUCUAAGUAUCUAGUUGCUCAGACAGGACCCCCUGAAUCCAACCUUGCCUACUGGAUGUGGGAGAAGCAGAGACUGAUGGCAAUUGUCAGAGCUGACACCCAGAACAACCCUGUGUACCAGGUGAGCUUCAAUCCCCAAGAUAACACUCAGAUUUGUAUCACUGGGAAUGGCAUUUUUAAACUUUUCAGAUAUAUAGAAGGAGCCUUGAAACAGACUAACUUUCAAAGGGGAGAGCCACAAAACUACUUGUCCCAUGCCUGGCUCUCUGAGGAAAGGGUUAUAGUUGGCAGUGAUAUGGGCAAACUCUUUCUUUUUGAAUCUGGAGAUCUGCGCUGGGAGACAAAUAUCGAGUGUAAAAAAUCUCCCAGUGAAAUCGAAAAGGAUGAGCUGCCCAAAGACUCUGAGAGUCUCCUUGAAUUUGUUACUGGCAGUUCCCCAGAUCUUGCCAAUGAAAUGGUCCUUGAAGGUGAUGUCCCACAGCAGGUUUCACUGCCUCGCAUCUCUGCCAUUGCAGUUUAUUCCAAAGGCUUUGCGUGCUCAGCUGGGUCAGGAGUUGUUCUGCUGUUUGAGAAGACUGAAGAUAAAGAAGGUUAUAGGGAGAUCCGAGAAAUACGGAUUCCUCAAGAUCAGCAGAGCAGUGACCCAAAUCAGUCAGACAAGCAGGAUAUUAAAUGCAUGUGCUUCAGUCCCUCAGAAGAAAUACUGCUUAUUAGCACAAGUAAAAAUCAGCUUUACACCUUUACCCUGUCCUCAACUGAGAUAAUGAAGGGGGAGCACUUUGUGUACCUAAGUUUUCCAUUGCAUUCUGCUGCUGUCACUGGACUGGCCACCUGUAUCCGCAAACCCCUUGUUGCUACCUGUUCCCUGGACAGAUCUGUUCGCAUCUGGAACUACGAAGCCAACACUUUGGAGCUGUAUAAGGAGUACCAGGAGGAGGCGUAUGCAGUCUCUCUUCACCCCACUGGCCUUUAUAUUGUGGUUGGGUUUUCUGACAAACUGCGCCUUAUGAACCUGCUAAUUGAUGACAUCCGUACUUUUAAGGAAUUCACUGUGAGAGGGUGCAGAGAGUGUGUCUUCAGUAAUGGGGGACAUCUUUUUGCUGCAGUUAAUGGAAAUGUGAUUCACAUCUACUCUACCACCAGUUUUGAAAACAUUAAUAAUCUGAAAGGACACAAUGGGAAGGUGCGCUCAGUCAUGUGGAGUGCGGAUGACAACAAACUGAUUUCCUGUGGCACAGAUGGUGCUGUGUAUGAAUGGAGUUUGUUGACAGGUAACAGGGAGUCAGAGUGUGUGCUCAAGACCUGCAGCUACAGCAGUGUUGCCAUUUCGCCUGAUGCCAAAAUCAUCUUUGCUGUUGGAUCUGACCAAACACUCAAGGAAAUUUCAGAUUCUUCGAUCCUGCGUGAAGUGCCUACUUUUGAUGUUGUUUAUACUGCAAUAGUUGUGUCUCAUUCUGGGCGUAUGGUAUUUGUUGGCACUUCCAUGGGAACCAUCCGAUCUAUGAAAUACCCCUUGCCUUUACACAAGGAAUUCAAUGAGUACCAGGCCCAUGCUGGGCCCAUUACCAAGAUAUCUAUAACUUGUGAUGACCAGUUUCUGUUGACUGUCUCAGAGGAUGGCUGCUUGAUUAUCUGGAAGGUAUAUGAUAAAGAAGGGCGGGGCCUGAAACGAGAAAGGGAAGUAGGAUAUGCUGAUGAGGUGCUGAUCACUAAAGCAGACAUGGAAGAGAAGACUCUAGUCAUGAAGGAACUGAAAUCUCGUGUGGAAGAACUGCAAAUGGAAAAUAUGUACCAGCUGCGUCUCAAGGACAUGAGCUACAAUGAGAAGAUAAAGGAAUUAACUGAGAAGUUCAUUGAGGAAAUGGAGUCCCUUAAAAUAAAAAAUCAGGUUUUAAAGGCAGAAAAAGAAAAGUUGGAGCUGCAGCACCAGGAGCAGUUUUCUGAGCUGAUGGAGAAGCAGGCCAGGGAGGUGCAGGACCUAGAAUCUGGCAACAGCCAGAAACUCUUGCUGGAAUAUGAAAAAUACCAGGAGCUGCAAAUGAAAUCACAGCGGAUGCAGGAGGAGUAUGAGAAGCAGGUGCAUGAUAUGGAGGAGAGCAAAAACCAGGCCUUGGAGGAGCUAACAGAAUACUAUGAGGCAAAACUACAUGAAAAAUCUGCUUUGCUAGAGGAGGCACAGGAUGAUGCCAGGCAGCAGCUGCGAGAGUUUGAAGAAACUAAGAAACAGAUUGAAGAAGAUGAAGAUCGGGAAAUCCAGGAGAUCAAGAUCAAGUAUGAGAGACGACUUCGGGAAGAGAGAGAAUCAAAUCUUCGAUUGAAAGGAGAAACGGGGAUCAUGAGGAAAAAGUUCAGCAGCCUCCAGAAAGAGAUUGAAGAGCGUAGCAGUGACAUUGAAGCAAUGAAAAUAGAACAGCAGAAGCUGCAAGGCAUCAUUAAGUCAUUAGAGAAAGAUAUCUUGGGACUGAAGAGAGAGAUUCAAGAGAGGGAUGAGACCAUUCAGGACAAGGAGAAGCGGAUCUAUGACCUAAAAAAGAAAAACCAAGAGUUAGAAAAGUUCAAGUUUGUAUUAGAUUAUAAAAUAAAGGAGCUGAAGAAGCAAAUAGAGCCAAGGGAGAAUGACAUCAGAGCUAUGAAGGAACAGAUCCAUGAGAUGGAGGGGGAGCUGGAAUGUUUCCACAAGCAGAACACACAGCUUGAGCUAAAUAUCACAGAGCUACGGCAGAAGCUAAAGGCCACUGACCGCGAGAUGCACAAGGAGAGGCAAAAGGAGCGAGACAUGGAAGCUCUUGUCAAGCGGUUUAAAACAGAUCUUCACAACUGUGUGGGCUUCAUUCAGGAGCCCAAGAGACUGAAGGAGGGAAUCCGGGAGCUCUACACCAAAUAUGUGCAGCAGGCAGACAUGGUAGAGAUUGUGGGGGUGGACACAGAUCUGCAGCAGGAGUACACCCGGCAACGAGAGCAUCUUGAGAGGAAUCUGGCAACACUGAAGAAGAAGGUGGUAAAGGAAAGUGAAAUCCACCGAGCUGAUUAUGUGAGGAUCAUGCAGGAAAAUGUGAGUCUGAUUAAGGAAAUUAAUGAACUACGAAGAGAACUGAAGGUGACCCGCACCCAGGUACAUGACCUCCAGUCAGCACUUGGACUAACCAGGAAAAAACAAGGGAUCUCAAAUACAGUUCCAUCUGGUGAAUUGCUGCCCAGUCCAGGUGUGCUGAGGCUGAAUCUGGAGAAGGAAACAGAGAAAAUCAUAAAAAUGCAGCAGCUGGAAAUCAAACGCCUUCAAGACCAAAUCCAAGGGCAGGAACAAGGCUUUGUGGUUCGCCCUCUCUCAGGUCGGAGGCUUCCCACACUGGAGACAGAGAGCGAGGAGCUACCGCCACAAUGACCUGACCUAAUGGAACCUUGCACCAUUGCAGUCUUUCACUGGAUACGCUCUGCAACACAGACUGGACUUCUCUAGUCUUCUCUGUCUUGUCUGAGCAAAAACCUCCCUCACUCAAUCCUCAUGAUGAAAUCUCCCACAUGCACCCUGUAUGUUGGAGCUGGCCUCCUCAAUAAAGACCUACCAAUCUCCUAAAAAUGCAUGUGCUUGAUAUCCCUUCUAUAGGAGGGGGGGGGAACAGAACAAUGCAAAUGCAGACAAAUCUGUCUGUCAUCUUCCUGCAAGAUGUGCAGGUCUCUGGAGGAACUGGAGGGCACUGGAGAAUCAGAGGUCCCAAGUAUUUAAACACCAUCAGGUGAAGUGGUAGGAUUCACGGUUGGCCCCUGCCAGUACCCACGUGAUCCACAAGAACAAGAUGUGGGAAAAGGAACAGCAAAACGUGCCUCAAGCACUGAUCCAAACCAUUAGUUAAAAUCUGUUGCCCAGCCAUAGUGACUUUAUCAAGCAUCCAGCAAAACUGACCCAGAGCCUUGUAGGCUAGUAUCCAGGUAUGUCAGCUCGCUCACUGCAGUGCUACAAAUUCUGUGGCUAAGGCCUCAUGCCUUUUCUCUCCUAAUCUGUCUCCCAGCUCUCUCAGUGCCUUCCUCCCAACACCUGGAACCCUGUUCUGUUCCAUUGCUUGUUCCAGGUCUCCUAAAUGUCACUUCAUAGUGUAACCCCAUCUUUUACAAAAUGCUGUCAUACCCUACCUCUGAAUAAAAAAGAA